AUGGGUACCAAUGAAAAAGCCACGACGUCAAUUUCUCACUCCUCCUCUUCGGCAACACCUUCGCGAACCGUUACUGUUCUUCGGAAUAUCGUGCAAAGUCCGUGGACCCUACCUUAUAUCGCAAUGGUUACUCCACUUGUGCGAAGUAUCUGGAAUUACAUGGGAUGGAGUAACGGAGGAGAGGUGGCCCUGUCGCUGAGUCACGGACUGUUAAUUUUGUACUUCAUUAUAUCACAGUAUGUCCGCAGCUGUACCGGAAAAGAACUUCAGCAUCUGCUGUGUGAGAUCCUUUCCCGACUGAGUGUGCUGAAAAUCAGCAAUACAGGGUUCGUUGAGACAAAUACCCCAAGGUUUACGUUAAUUGUUAUCGCUACCUGCCCAAGGCAGGUAGAAUGGCCUAAAUCUACCCAUCCUCCACCCAGAUGGUCCUGCCUCGGUGCUUUCCAAGGGGAAAUGCGAGAAAGACACCUGGCGGGAAAUUCCGAAACUGCUAUGUUCUAUUAUUUUGCCCCACAUCGCGUAGGGUUGGUGGGUGAACGUGCCAUGGUCAUACUCAAAGUUAGCAUGCGCCAAUGUUCACAUCAAUUAUGA